AUGAUUUGCUUGGCAAUUGAUGUGUAUUUGAUAGUGUUACCGUUUGGUACGUUGUUUCUUUAUGCUUUUGCAAACGAAGCCACAAAACAUGGUUACAUAGCAGGUGGGAUAUCAAAGAAUUACUUCAAGUACUUCUAUCUGUAUGGCGUGGUACUGUCUGUGAUCUUACCAAUUGAGAACAUGUACAGAAUUCACUUGUUUAGGCGAUUAAUUGAGACUGUUGUAUUCAAGUAUUCAUCAAGAAGUAGAAUGAGACUUAUCCAUUUUAUACAUGGAAUGGCUUACUACACGUGUAUGUGCUUACACAUGCAUGGGAAGACAAUAAUGCACACAAAAAUGUUUUUGCUGCUCAACAUCGCACACUUUGCAGCUCAUUACUGUGUGUUUGUCAGGAAGCAGUAUAUUUAUUCGCAUUAUGCAAUUGAGUUGAUGAUACAUAUGCAUCUGUGGAUGGAAAUACGAAGCAUGCAGCUUCUUUUCAAUUUGGCAUAUGCUGUUGUAUUUGUAGGUGUGUCGAUUGCUAACAGAGAAGCAUUGAAGAAUAGAAAGUAUGUAUUAUAUAAAAGCAAAAAGUAA